AUCUCCAAGCUCCCUCCCUCUCCUAUUCCGAUUAACGGACAGCUCACUGUGUCUUUCCCUCCCCGUCUCUGCUUGACUGCUCCAUGACUUCAAUGGCCUCCAUUCUCCGGCGAAACCUCCCCCGCCGAUCAUCCUCUCCCUUCCUCCUGCUCCGGCUCUUCUCUCAGCUCCCUGGCCAAUCCGCCACAAGGCCGCCGCAACCCCCCGCCCCGAUCGAGAAGCUUCUUAUCGCCAAUCGAGGCGAGAUUGCUUGCAGGAUCAUGAAGACCGCGAAGCGCCUCGGUGUACGGACCGUUGCUGUAUACAGCGACGCCGACGCGGAGUCUCUCCACGUUAAGUCCGCCGACGAGGCUGUCAGGAUUGGCCCCGCCCAGGCCCGGCUGAGCUACCUCAACGGCUCCGCCAUUGUGGACGUUGCUAUUCGCACCGGCGCUCAGGCCAUCCACCCAGGGUACGGUUUUCUGUCAGAAUCUGCACAAUUUGCCCAACUUUGUGAGGAUACAGGUGUUACAUUUAUUGGUCCUCCAGCUUCUGCUAUCAGGGACAUGGGUGACAAAAGUGCAUCCAAGAAAAUAAUGGGUAGAGCAGGAGUUCCACUAGUGCCUGGUUAUCAUGGUGACGAGCAAGAUAUUGACUUUAUGAAAUCAGAAGCGGACAAGAUAGGCUACCCAGUAUUGAUAAAGCCCACUCAUGGAGGUGGAGGAAAGGGUAUGAGAAUAGUACAUAGUCCAAAUGAGUUUGCGGAAGCUCUCCUAGGAGCAAAACGUGAGGCUGCUGCUUCUUUUGGCGUAGACACGAUCUUGCUUGAAAAGUAUAUAACAAGGCCAAGACAUGUAGAAGUUCAGGUAUUUGGGGAUAAGCAUGGUAACAUCCUAUAUUUAUAUGAGAGGGAUUGUAGUAUACAGAGAAGACACCAAAAGAUUAUUGAAGAAGCCCCAGCACCAAAUGUGUCGGGUGAUUUCCGUGUCCAUUUGGGUGAAGCUGCUGUCUCUGCGGCCAAGGCAGUUAACUACUAUAAUGCUGGGACUGUGGAGUUUAUCGUUGAUACUACCUCAGGCCAGUUUUACUUUAUGGAGAUGAAUACCCGGCUUCAGGUUGAGCAUCCUGUCACCGAGAUGAUUGUUGGUCAAGAUCUUGUGGAGUGGCAAAUUUCUGUUGCAAAUGGGGAAGCCCUACCAAUUAGCCAAUCUGAAGUACCCUUGUUAGGUCAUGCUUUUGAAGCGCGAAUCUACGCAGAAAAUGUUCCUAAAGGUUUUCUUCCUGCAACUGGAGUUCUUCAUCAUUAUCAACCUGUUCCUACCACAUCAAAUGUCAGGGUUGAGACUGGAGUUAAACAGGGGGACACUGUUAGCAUGCAUUAUGAUCCUAUGAUUGCGAAGCUUGUUGUAUGGGGAGAGAAUCGAGCUGCAGCAUUGGUUAAACUGAAGGAUAGCUUGUCCAAGUUUCAGGUUGCAGGUCUGCCUACCAAUUUAGACUUUCUCGCGAAACUGGCCAACCAUCAGGCAUUUGAAGAUGGGAAUUUGGAAACACAUUUUAUUGAACGAUUCAAAGAUGACCUCUUCAUAGAUCCUGCACAUUCUAUUUUGGCAGAAGAGACAUAUAACGAUGCCAAACAUUGUGCCGCGUUGGUUGCUGCAUGCAUUUGUAAAAAGGAACAUUGCAGUUUACAAGACACAACUACCGGAGGCAAUGCAUUGCAUUCCAUAUGGUAUGCUAAUCCGCCUUUCAGAGUCAACCACCAUGUGAAGCGCAUGAUGGAACUUGAGUGGAUUAUGGAGUAUGAGAGCAGCAGCUUGAAACUUUUGAAGCUAUCCAUCACUUAUCAGCGUAAUGGGAACUAUCUGGUUGAGAUGGGAGAAGAGAAUGAUUCUGCUUCAUUGGAAGUCAAAGUGACAUAUUUAGGUGGCCAUGAUUUUAGAGUUGAAGCUGAUGGCAUCAGCAAACUGGUUAGCUUAGCUGUUUACCACCAGGAACGCUCUGAGCACAUUCACAUCUGGAGUGGUUUGAAGCGUCAUCAUUACAAACAUAAAGUGGGAAUUGAAUUGUUUGAUAGUGGCGAUGAAGCCCAGCAUAGGCAGAACUUUGAAGCUGCAUCACACUCCCCAGGCACGGUAGUGGCUCCAAUGGCCGGACUAGUGGUUAAGGUUCUAGUGAAGGACGGAACAAAAGUAGAGGAAGGACAGCCUGUGUUGGUUUUAGAAGCGAUGAAGAUGGAGCAUGUCGUAAAAGCACCAUCCACUGGCUAUGUCCGUGGACUUCAUGUAGCAGCAGGGCAACAGGUUCCGGACAGCUCUGUCCUCUUCAGCAUAAAGGACGAUAAAUAUAAAUAAAGAGCUCUUAUCUCCGGAUAUCAAAGGACUACCAUCUAUAGCCAUAUUCAAGCCUCUGCUUAACUAGUCCACCAUACAUGGGUGCCGGUAACCUAAUUUGAUCGAGAUCACAAGCACGAUGCGAAAUUCCCAUAAGAGACUUGAGGCUUAGGAUAAGCGCUUUCUGUCUGUAAAUAGUAGUAGGCCAAUUUAUCCGAUAUACUAAGUUCGCAUAGAUGGACUUUCAAGUAGGGAACUCUAAUUGCCUGCACUCCUUGUCUUUGGGAUGCUACAUGUUAGCAAAUUCUGAUGA